CAUACGUUUCACCAGGUUUUAUCUUCUCUACUCCUCUGUCCACAUAGUUCUCUGCUGCUGCUACUCCCUCUAAAAUUUACAAUUACAACCCUCAUCUCUCUCCCCUCUCUCUCACAGACACCCCCAGAAUUCGAACCGUUUAAAUCUCAAGAUAAUAGGAUUUCACCGCUUAAAGCUCAGGAUAGGAAAAAAAAUUCCAUCAAACAUAAACUGCCUUAAUUAUAGGUACAAUGGUCUUUGUUUGAUGCAUUUUUGCUCUGUUUCAUGGGUUUAUUAACUUGUAAUGUGCUAUAUAUUUCAAACCCAAAUUUUGCAUUAAGCUGUGAAAUUUCAAGAACCCGUCACUGCCAUUUAUGGGGAAAAUCUUUGUUGCAAAAUUCUACAACCUCUGGGUUUCCUAAAUCCCGUUUUCGACCGGUGGUAGUUAUUACCAAUGUACAGGAGAUAGAAAAAAUUGAAAACAAAGAAGAAGAGAAACCAAGGUUUAAGUGGGUUAACAUUGGUCCUGACAUAUCAGAAGCCCAGAAAGUGGCCAUAUCUCAACUCCCACCAAAGAUGAUCAAACGAUGCAAGGCCCUCAUGAAACAGAUUAUUUGUUUCUCUCCGGAAAAAACCAGUCUGUCCCAUUUGUUGGCUGUGUGGGUGAAGAUCAUGAAGCCCACGAGAGCUGACUGGCUUUCGGUUCUCAAAGAAUUGAGCAAUUUGAAUCAUCCGUUGCUCUUUGAGGUGGCAGAACUUGCACUCCUGGAAGACUCAUUUGAAGCUAAUGUUCGUGACUAUACCAAGAUAAUUCAUGGUUACGGGAAGCAAAAUCGAUUGCAAGAUGCUGAAAGUAUCUUCUUGGCCAUGAAGAAAAGAGGCUUCGUAUUUGAUCAGGUGACCCUAACUGCUCUAAUUCACAUGUACAGUAAGGCUGGGAAUCUUAAGCUUGCUGAAGAAACAUUUGAAGAGAUGAAGCUGCUUGGCCCAACAUUGGAUAAAAGAUCAUAUGGCUCAAUGAUCAUGGCGUACAUUAGAGCUGAAAUGCCAGACAAAGGAGAGAGUUUACUUAGAGAAAUGGAAGCCCAAGAAAUAUAUGCUGGAAGAGAAGUUUACAAAGCAUUGCUGAGAGCAUACUCCAUGAUUGGUGAUAGUGAAGGAGCUCAAAGGGUAUUCGAUUCAAUUCAAUUUGCAGGCAUCAUUCCUGACGUCAAGCUGUGUGGACUGCUCAUAAAUGCCUAUGUAGUGGCAGGUCAAAGUCACAACGGUUAUAUUGCAUUCGAAAAUAUGAUGAGGGCCGGUCUUGAACCUAAUGAUAAAUGUGUUUCUCUAAUUAUGGCUGCUUAUGAAAAGGAGGAUAAGCUGAACAAGGCACUGGACUUCUUGAUAUAUUUGGAGAAAAAUGGAAUUAUGCCUGGGAAAGAAGCGUCAGAAAUACUGGCUAGGUGGUUUCGAAGGUUGGGGGUGGUAAAAGAAGUUGAGCUUGUGAUAAGAGAAUAUGCUUCCAAGGUAGCUCCUGCUUUUUAGUUCACCAGCAACCUCUGUUACAUUUUCAUGUCUGCCUUGUAAACGGCCCGAGUCUCCUCUUCUGAAUUAUACUCCGAUCAGUUGCCAAGAAGAUGUAAGAAUAUCGUCAGAUCUUAACUUUUGGGUCUUUCCACCUGGAACUCUUGGCUGUAAAGGCCCCUUGAAUGUUUCAACCGUUUUUUUUUCGGUUGGAUUGAUGAGGGAAUAAAACCAAUACACUGACAGUUGCGCUUCUGAUUGGGUAUGUUUUUCGAUUCACAUCUCUUGUGGAACUCAUUUUUGACACCAGACCAAGGGAAGAGUGUCAACUGUCGUUUUUGUGUUCUCUCAAACUCCGGCAAGUGAGGCUCAAUCUGCAGCUAAAGUAGCAGAGGUGUACUAAAUUAUCAAUAUUACCUGAAAAUGGAAGUCAGUCCUGAGUAUGUGGUGUAUUAAUGAACCUGGAACCUGUGCUUUUAAUUCUAACCCACUUUCUAAUUAAUCUGAAGUCUGAACCAUUGAUACUA